UUACACUACGGUUUACAAUACGGACAUCGAUUCUAAGAGGUUUACAAUAUGGAUGUCCGACUGACGUGUACAUACAUACGUAAUGUUAAUUGACGUUUGUUUGUCGUAAAAAUUUCCACCCAAGAUAUGCAUUAUAUAUGAUUAACAGUGAGAAUAUGAAACAACAUAAAGAAAAUUAUGAGCUUUUAUAUAACUUGUCCUGACAUCGAAAGUAUCAAUGGUUAUUAAUUUGUAACGACGGUAUACGUUCAUAUAUGUGCAGCAAAAAAACUUUACUUACAAUGUGAUUGCAUCUGUGAUUUAUAUGUUCUUUAAGAUAAUAUAUUAUUAUUCAAUUAAUAUUAAUAAAAAUACUUAAAAAUUAAUAAUUUGUGUUACGAUUAAAAUAAUUGCUCUCAAUAUAACAGACGCAACAAGUGACAUUUGAAGGUUAAAUAAGUUUAUUACUCUGUGAACUAAUCUACAUAUGUACCUUUUCUAAAAUUUUUUCAAACUGAAUCAAAGUACAAAAUGCUACUACAGAAGCUAUACCGCAUUACAAAUCGCAACAGAAUUCUCCAAAGAAUUAUUCUGUAUAAAAAUAGUCGUCCAGUAUACAAGAGAGAAAACAGUAUGCAAGUUGGAAGAAUGUGGAUGGCAUCAUCGUUUGCUAUUAUGGGAGCAUGGGGAUUCAUAAAAGUCAAAAAUGAAGAUGCGGUACAAAUUACAAAGAAAGAAGUUCUUGUCGCUAAGGCAGAUGCUUUUUUCGAUCAGGGAGAUUAUAAAAGUAUAUAUGAUCUAUUGUCCAAUUAUAAGGAUAGUAAGGAUGUUGAAAUCUUGUGGCGUUUAUCCAGAGCUUUAUAUAAAAUGUCUGAAACUGCCAGUGAUAUUGAAGCAAAGAAACUGAUUUACGAAGGAUAUGAUCUGAUUAGUAUUGCCCUUGAUAUUCAGGAAGAUCAUUAUGCUGUUCAUAAGUGGCUCUCUAUAUUUCUUAAUCGUAAAACUGCUUUUGAAGGCACAAAAGCACAAAUAAAAGAAAUAUAUAAUGUUAAAAUACAUUUGCUGAGAGCAUCGGAAUUAAAUCCCACUGAUGCAACAACGCUUUACAUGCUUGGAUGCUGGUGCUAUGAGGUUUCUGAUUUGGCAUGGUAUCAACGAAAAAUAGCAUCUCUCGUAUUUGGUGAACCACCGACGUCAUCCUUUGAAGAAGCAUUGAUAUAUCUCGAGAAUGCCGAGAAAGUUGAUCCAAAUUUUUACAGUCACAAUUUACUGAUGUUAGGAAAAACAUAUCUAAAACUAAAUCGUAAGGAAGACGCAAUAAAAUAUUUGAAAAAAGCUGCUGAAUUUCCUGCGAGAAAUGAUGAUGAUCAGAAAGCAAAACAGGAAGCGCAGAAAAUAUUGAGUAAAAUUUAGAAAAAUUAAAUACGGAUUGGAAUAUUUUUGUACUGUUUUAACUGGAAAA